ACUUGCGAAAUUAUUUGCUUCAAGUCUGCAACCACAGAUGUAGCUAAUGUUGAUUAGUUGGGUGUGUUAAAUAGACCAGUGCUUUUAAGAGUAAAAUUCUCAUAGAAAUCUGAAAUUUAAUUGCAAUUCUUAUUCCAUUGUAACUUGAAUUUAUUGUAUUGUGCUAACUAAAAUGGGACUUAAAGGUUGUGAAAUUCAGUUAGAUAAUCCGUGGAAUACAUACUAUGCGGGACAAACCAUUAAUGGACAGGUGAAAUUGACUUUUGAUUCAGCGAAAAAAGUUAGAGGAAUCAUAAUAAGAUUUCUGGGCGAAGCCAAUACUGAAUGGUCGGAAACAAAAAACGUAACCACAAGCGAAGGAAAGACUGAACAGGAAACGGAAACUUUGCGCGGUCAUGAAGAGUAUUUCCAAAUACAAUACUAUCUUUUGGGCGGAAAGAAUAGUUCCGAAACUGAGCUCCCAGCUGGCACGCACACUUACCCCUUCACAUGUGCAUUGCCGCCUACAUUGCCAUCAUCAUUUGAGGGUGAAUUCGGUCAUGUGCGUUACACCAUUAAGGUGACACUCGAUCGUCCAUGGAAAUUUGAUCAGGAUAUGAAAAUGGCGUUCACUGUUAUCUCUCCAGUCGAUCUUAACGUUAAUCCACGUGUAAAGGAGCCAUUUAAGCUGGAGUUGGAGAAGAGUUUUUGCUGUUUCUGUUGUCGUUCUGGUCCAUUAUCGGUAAUCACCACCGUGCCGGUAACUGGCUAUGUAUCAGGCCAAACAAUACCAAUCACUUGUGAAUGCGAUAAUGCCAGUAAUGUUGGCAUCACAUCGGUUAAGUUUAUAUUACGCAAACGGGUCACGUUCCAAGUUAAUCAACCGCGUGCGGAAAAGAAGCAAAGCAAAAUUACAAUAGCCGAAUUGGGCAUUGGACCAGUUGCGGGCGGCGAGACACGCACAUUUACGCAACAAUUGGAAAUACCAGCACUGCCACCAACAAAUUUACUCAACUGCGGAAUUAUAUCGUUGGAUUAUGAUUUACAUAUUGAAUGUGACGUCAGCGGUCCACAUCGUAAUUUAUCUGGUAACAUACCAGUUAUUCUGGGUACAAUUCCUUUGGCAUCAUUUAAGCCGCCAGCACCCUAUACAGAUGUGCCAGCACAGAUAGCGCCACAGCAACAAGAUCAAGAUCCAUCAUUGGCACCAACACAACCAGUUAGUCCAGCUAGUCCACCAAGUGAUGGUGCGGGUGGUGCGCUUGGCUGGAAUGUAGCCGACAGCGCUGGUGGGCAGCUAUAUCCAAAUAUACCGCCACCACAAUUUGUCGAGACACAGUUUCGUGCACCAAAAAUCACUAGCAAUGAAGAUUCGGAGCACACAACAAUUGUUGGCGAUGUUAAUUUUGCGCCACGUUAUCCAACGUUCCAGUUUAAUAAUGCGACUGCACCACCACAUCUUUAAAAUGUGGUGCACUGUGUGAAGUGGCGCGUAACCCAAUAAUGACAUCACAAUGAUAUUAAUUAUUUACUCAAGUUUAUCUGUUAUAAUCUUGUGUUUUACCAACAUAUAAUCGCACAAACUAAGCAUUUAUUUGAUUCGCUUGAAUUUCUUUGGAAAAUUUGUUUGAACAAAAUACAACGCUUAUAUUUUUCACUAGUCUAUUAAAGCGUACAUUUGGCUUCCGUCCGCAGUGCUUGUCAAAUACAUUUGAUUUCUUGUAAUAAAAAUUACUUAAAAGAAGUAAUAAAAUAAAGACGAGUGCCUAGAAAUUAAAUCGUAAGCAGCUCAACAAUUAUUAGCUUAAAUUAUUAUAGUAAUUUGUAUGCCAACUAAAAGUGUAAAGUGAAUUUUUAUAACAAUUUGAUAUUUUAUAUGUAUAAAGUGAGUCGAAACGUACAAGUAGCGAAAUCAAUUUGAUUUAUGAACGAAUUUACACAUCCUGUAUAAUUAUAAUAUUAAAUAUGAAUUGUGAGAAUCUCAACUGUUUGAACGCACAAUUUUAUGGUUAACGCAUUUCUGAUUUGUUCAUUGUAAAGUGUAGUGAAUAGUUGCCGACAUGAGCAAAGCAAAAAAUAUACUAUUUUAUAUAUACAAACGCAAUAUGUAUAAAUAAUUGGAAACAUUUUAUUGUUUUUUUUGUAUACUCUUUGUUUCUUUUAGAACACUUGUUUUAAAUUUAAGUCAAGAAAAAAUUUAUUCAAAUAUACUCGCGAACUUUUUAAUACAGUAA